CUUCCAGUUUUUCAAGUCAGCAGAUCAGAACUCCCCCAAUUCUCUCUCAAUCUAAUUUCAAUUUUCAAACACAUAAAACUUUUAUUCAAUGGAUUGGUUCGGUCAAUUUUCUGAUCCUCUUCCUUAUUACCCCAACUGUAGUUACAAAUCUGAAUCUUCUUCCACUCUUUCUGACGCCGGAACACCUCCUCCUCAAACGCUGGUUAACUCUGACGAAGAAGUUAUUCUCGCCUCCAACCGCCCAAAGCGUCGUGCAGGUCGUCGAAUUUUUAAAGAAACUAGACAUCCGGUUUACAGAGGAGUCCGUCAAAGGAAUAACGAUAAGUGGGUUUGUGAGCUGAGAGAGCCGAAUAAGAAGACGAGGAUUUGGCUCGGGACAUACCCAACAGCAGAGAUGGCAGCUCGUGCACAUGACAUAGCUGCACUAGCGUUAAGAGGGAAAUCAGCUUGCCUCAAUUUUGCUGACUCUGCUUGGCGGUUUCCGAUUCCAACGAGUGAUGACCCGACUGUGAUUAGAGAGGCGGCAGCAAGGGCGGCGAAUGAAUGUAAUGUGGGUAGGGAAGAGGAUGAGGGCGGUUUGAAUCAGCCGGACACGUACCCUGACGGAACGGAUUAUGUGGAUGAUGAGGCUAUGUCAAAUAUGCCAAUGUUGCUUGCCAACAUGGCAGAAGGACUACUGCUAUCUCCUCCAUCUUUUUGUGUCAACGAUGACGUAGAGUGGGACGAUGAGGCAAUGAACGACGAUGUGUCAUUGUGGAACUUCUAGAAGUAGUUAUAGCGACUAGUGAUUUGAGCACCUGCUUGCCUGCCCACAAAGCAACGAGACUUUUGUUCGAGGAAGUCAAGCUAUAUAUAUAUAUAUGUAAUUACAUUUUUCUUUUUUUCUAAAAGGAAUGAACCCUAUCAAAUUAAAUGUGAAAUUAAAAAUUGUAUUAAACACCACUAAAAAUGUGUGUUGAGUGAAGAAUUUAGUUCCUAUUUUUAGGUUAAAUUCUAUUUAGAUUUUUAGUAUUAUGGUAAAAGUUGUGAUUUUGAAAAUCAUUUGAAGGUUGUACCGUUUGUAUUUAUAUAUACACUUUCUAAAGUUCGCUCAA